AUGAAUACAUUCAAUAUUCAUUAUUAUAUCGUUUUCAUUAUUCUCAGUAUUACAGUUCAAAUACAAUCUCAAAUAUGCGAAAAAACUGCUCAGUAUGGCCAGUGUUCGACAAACAAUGCUUGUGGCUGUUUUCAUAUAUUAGGUGCUGAUGACGGUGCUGGUAUUUGUGGCUUUCUUUGGCCCAUAUGCUCUCGUCUUGUACCAUGCAAUUCAUCAGACAACUCAUGUCUUCAGUCUAACACGAUCUGCGUUCAACAUCCGCAAUGUGAUGAUCGUCCUCUUUGCUAUCCAGUUACAAUGAUGAAAGAAAACAUAUGUCCACCAAUGAUAAUUAAUAUCAAUUCGAAAUGGAAACAAAAUGCAAUAACUAUUGCUGGAGGAAAUGGACAGGGAAGUGAAUUAAAUCAAUUAAAUCAGCCUUAUGGUAUGUAUGUUGAUAAUGAUGAUCAAUGUAUUUACAUUGCUGAUGGUGGCAAUCAUCGUAUUGUUAGAUGGGAAUUUGAUGCAGCCAAUGGUCAAAUAGUUGCGGGUGGAAACGGAAUGGGAAGUGCAAUAAAUCAAUUGAAUUAUCCAAUGGAUGCAAUUCUUGAUAGAGAGAAAAAACAUCUCAUCAUUUGUGAUUAUGGCAACAUGCGAGUCGUGCGAUGGUCUCGCCAAAAUAGUCAGGAUCAACAAAUAUUAAUACCUUUUAUUGGUUGCUGGGGUUUAGCAAUGGAUAAUAAUGGAGAUCUUUAUAUUUCUGACAUGGAAAGACAUCAAGUCAGACGUUGGCAAGAAGGAGAUAGAGAAGGUACAAUUGUAGCAGGUGGGAAUGGACAAGGAAAUCAGUUUAAUCAACUCAGUAAUCCUACCUAUAUUUUUGUCGAUGAAUAUUAUUCAAUUUAUGUAGCGGAUACUAGAAAUAAUCGUGUGAUGAAAUGGAUGAAAAAUGCAGCUGAAGGCAUUCGUAUUGCUCCAACGCAAGUUCCUGAAGAAAAUCCUGGUUCAAUGGUUGGUCCCACUGGUGUGAUUGUUGAUCAUAUGGGUAAUAUUUAUGUGUCGAAUAUGGGAAGUCAUCAAAUAACCCGAUGGUCGCCAGAUGAAAUGGAAGGUGCGCCUGUCGUUGGUAAGAAAGAAGAUGGAAGUGGAUCCACGCAACUCAGCUAUUCAUAUGAUUUAUCAUUUGAUCGAUAUGGUAAUCUUUAUGUUGUCGAUACAGAAAACAAUAGAAUACAAAAAUUUAUUAUUAAUCUUGACUGA